GACGCUGUAUCCGCCGGCGGUUCCCGCGCUGUGGCGGCGGGUUUUCUGAGGGGAAAGAUGGACGUGGAGAUGAAAGAAGCUGGUGGAGAAGAAACGCGGUCAGACACGCAGAACAGAAAGGAGGACAGCGCCUCUAAACCUGCAGCGAGCUCUUACGAGCUGCCCUGGGUUGAAAAAUACAGACCUAUGAAGUUGAAUGAAAUCGUUGGAAAUGAGGAAACAGUCAGUCGUCUGGAGGUCUUUGCCAGGGAGGGUAAUGUACCCAACAUAAUUAUAGCUGGUCCCCCAGGCACAGGGAAAACAACAAGCAUUUUAUGUUUGGCAAGAGCUCUUCUUGGCCCAGCAAUGAAAGAUGCUGUGCUUGAACUGAACGCAUCAAAUGACAGAGGCAUUGAUGUUGUCAGAAACAAGAUCAAGAUGUUUGCCCAGCAGAAAGUUACUCUUCCCAAAGGACGUCACAAAAUCAUAAUUCUGGAUGAAGCUGACAGCAUGACAGAUGGUGCUCAGCAGGCUCUUAGAAGAACUAUGGAGAUCUAUUCUAAGACCACGCGAUUUGCAUUAGCCUGCAAUGCGUCAGACAAGAUUAUAGAGCCUAUUCAGUCCCGCUGUGCAGUUCUGCGCUACAGUAAGCUAAGAGAUGAGCAGAUAAUGAUGCGACUAAUGGAGGUGGUGGAAAAAGAGAACCUGCACACCACCAACGAUGGCUUGGAAGCCAUUAUUUUCACUGCCCAAGGAGAUAUGAGACAGGCACUGAAUAAUUUGCAGUCUACAAAUUCUGGAUUUGGUUUCAUCAACAGCGAAAAUGUUUUCAAGGUAUGUGAUGAACCUCAUCCACUGCUGGUGAAAAACAUGCUUGAACACUGUGUCAAUGCCAACAUCGACGAGGCUUACAAGGUAAUUGAGCAACUUUGGGCACUUGGCUACUCUCCUGAGGACAUAAUAGGGAACAUAUUCAGAGUGUGUAAAACCUUCCAAAUGGCGGAGUACUUGAAACUGGAGUAUAUUAAGGAGAUUGGCUACACACACAUGAAAAUUGCAGAAGGAGUAAACUCUCUUUUGCAGAUGGCCGGACUCCUCGGACGACUUUGCAGCAAGACUGCUGCUCCUGAGGCCAGCUAAAUCUUCCCAAUCAUGUUCAUGUCUUUCUUAGGUUCUGCUGUAGAGCAUUUGUAGAAAUGGGUUAUAUUGUAAAUACUGUCCUACAUGCUUUAAUAAAUUGUACUACAUUUUUUCAA